CUGCGCUGAUAUGGGAAUCAACAAAGAAGGAGUUGGGAGCAGUAAAGGCAGGAUCUGGAGUCCAGGGGGAGUGCAAUGCAGUUAGUGCUGCAGGAGUGACGGUUUCUGCAAGGUCGGGGGAGACUGAUUGGGAAACCGCACACAAGCGUCUAGGGCAUGUGGCUAUGCCAUUGCUGCAGCAACUGCAUAAGGAAGAAGCAGUAAAGGGGCUGAAGCUUUCUGGGCAACCAAAUGAUACCAAGACCAUCCUGGAAACUGCGCGAGCGCUGCUGAUCGAAUCAGGGCUGGGGAACUCCACGUGGCCUCAUGCGGUGAGGCAUGCUACAGUGGCAAAGAGCAAGGGGUGGCUACUCUGGGAGCCCUCAAAGAAGGUGCUGUUUGACAGUCGGGAUGUCAAAUUUGUGGAGAACAUCAUGUAUGGCAAGUGGGAGAAGCAGCCGGAGGCAAGGGUCAAUCAGCAGCUGGAAGAGAUCACUAUGCACUUCGAUCUGUCCGAACCUGAGGACAGCUAAGUCACUGCGCCAACGGCAAGCGGUACUGAUGAAGGAAGCAAUGAGGAUAUUGCAGCUGAUGCUGAAGUCAAGGAUCCGGAGCAGCAGCAGCAAGAGGCUUCCAAAAUACCAAGUCUGCCAAAGCGAAGGAAACAGAUUGGUGGGGGGACAAAGGAUUGGGUGAAGGUGAAAGAAUGGGUAAAUCCAACCAUCUACCCUGCACGUACCAGAAUGGCAACGAGAAAGCUGCUGAGCUCCACAAGUGGAGGAGCCACAACUGAGCAGCAGGAACAGGCUCAAGGCGAAGAUGCAGUGCUGUUCUUGGGUGAUGACCAAGAGUCAGAUGACGAAGAGCCUGCAUACUGCUUUUACGCACCAAUACAACCUCCGAGCAUGGAUCAUGCGCUAGCCGGACCUCAACGGGG